AUGAAGGCUGCCUUGAAGACAAUGCAUGAGAGCUUUGAUGCGGAAUACGUCAGCUUGCAUGUCCGAGUUUCGAAUACGGCAGCGCUCACUCUUUAUAGGGAUACUCUUGGUUUCAAGCAACACGAUAUUGAGAAACAAUAUUAUGCGGAUAAGGAGGAUGCCUUUGACAUGCGCAAGUACUUGACUACACCGUCGUCUGAGGAAAGUGAAGGGGAAAAGAAGAGAGGCCUCAUCAUGAAGAUUCUGCUGAGGAGCCGAGCCGCUGGAGACGAUACGCGGAGAGGGAGUCGGUGA